GUUGAUUUAUGCACAGAAAAAGGAAUAAACGUUUCAGAUAUAUUCCAGGACAAUGAUAACAUCAUUUCAGGUGAUAUUUACAGAGGGGGUGUAUUUCUAGGGUGCGAAUUUGGAAGUUUGUACAUGUAUAUCUGGGCUAUAGGUCUCAUUGCUUCCGGGCAAAGCUCAACAAUGACCGGAACCUACACAGGACAAUUUGUUAUGGAAGGUUUCCUAAACAUGAAAUGGAAAAGGUGGAAAAGAGUGCUGGUAACAAGAACUUUAGCCAUUUUACCAACAAUCAUGGUUGCAUUGUUACAAGAUGUUAACAGUAUGAGUGGAAUGAAUGACUACAUAAAUGCCCUUAUGGCCGUGCAAUUACCCUUUGCCCUCUUAACAACCUUCAUGUUCACUGCCUCCAAAGCCUUGAUGAAAGAAUUUGCCAAUGAUCUGUAA